AUGAAGGUUUGCUACCAGCACCUGGCCACGCUCGCCGUCCCUGCGGCGCACCAGGGCCGCAUCUUUUCCUUGCUGAAUGUGCUCUCUUCCCUGGGCAACAUCUUCGGCAACCUGGUGGCGACACGCCUCGCUGAGCAUGACGGCGGGGUGCUCUACAGCAAAGGUUCUGUGCCAUGGGCUGCGCAGUGGUCGGGUUUCUAUGUGUGCCACACGUGGGAAGCGAAGAGCAUGGGAAGCGAGUGGCAGUCGAGCCUGGUGCCCAUCAGCAGUGAAAAGAAGCGCCGGGCGCAGAUGGGUGCCGAGGGGCAACGAUGGGCAAUUCUGCAAACUUUAGCGGAGUCGCCCGGAGGGUGCAUGCAGAAUCUGGGCAUGCCAGGUGGUGUGGUGCCGCCUCCACCCUUGGCCACCGCCCCGGCCACGUUGCGGGUGGCGCCCACCAUGGCGUUGCCCCAGUUUACCGCGCCGGCCCGGCGACUUGGGGACGUGGGGGACGGGCGCUGCUUCGCACUGCAUCGCACUGCUGCUGCCCCGGCGUGGACUGGUGUCAUCACCGUGGCCCGGGAGACCUGGCGGGAUCAGGCCCGGAACAUGGCGAAGAAGACGCCCUUCCGGGCCGCUCUCAUCCAGGGGAAGGUCUCCGACGUGGAGGUUUUGCUCUUCCUGAUUUUUGAAUCUCCUUGCCGGGUCUCCUUGAACGAAACCGUUCGACACACCGCAGCUUGCAAUUGCGACCGCACCGCACCCGCCAUGGGUGCCCUCCUCUUCCGCGCGGCUUCGGAAGCCGCGGCGCCGGUGGAACGCGCGGUGGAACGCACGGAGCCAGCGCCGCGGUGGCUGCGGGCGGCCUCGGCCGCUGUGGUCCCGCCGGUGGCGACGUCGCUGGGCCGAGUGCUGCGGCCACAGAGCAGCUUGGUCUUCGCGCGGUGCAGCUUCACGGCGCCGAGCUGUCCCGAUGGACCCGCCGUGGUGUCCUGCCCCUGGAGUCGAGUAGUCGAACGGGCGCUGGUGGAUACGGGUUCCUCCGACUGCGAGCUUCGUGAGGGGCUGCUCAAGAGGUUGCCGCCGCUGCCAGUGGUUGUCACCUACGAAACCUCCACCGGCGACGAGGCGUACGACGCUUACGAGGUGGUACUCACCGUGAACGGCCGCCGCUGCGCGGCCGUGCUCACCGUGGUGCCCGAGGAACGCUUCUCGGCACAUGCGGACGAGCCUUGUUCGGACGAGGCCUUGCUGGGGCAUAUGGCCAUUGCAGCGCUGGGUUUGGAUGUGCACUGCCGGCAGCGCAGCAUGCUCCAGGCUGAGGCUCCAAACCCCGGCGCUUUGGCCCAGGAGAUGCCCUCCGAAGCACGGCCGCUGCCUGAAGGCGAACUGGGCCAGCUUCAUGUCGCCAGCAGCCGGCCCUAUGGCCUUUUUGGCACCGCCCUUGCUGAGAAGAGUGGUGUGCACGUGACGGCUGUACCGGUGGGGCAGCUUUGGACGACCUACCGCCACGCGGUUCCGCGCGGAGGCGAACCCCGCCUGCCGCCGCGCUGGUUGCCGGGCACCGGCUGCGCGGUGCCGCUGUGCCUGGGCGACCUGCAGCGGGAGCCGCAGGCGGCGCUGGAGGAGCUGGACCCCCAUGGAAAGCCGGUGGUGCCGGUGACCUAUGCCACUUGUCAUUUCCUGUCUCCGUUGUCGCCGGACUUGCGGGUGUCGGUGAAGAUGGCGCUGGUGGACACCGGCUCCUCCGAUUGCGAACUCCGGGUGGUCUCUCAGGAUCGCCUGGGCCGUUUGCCCACGGUGGCACAGGGAGUGGUCUACGAAACGGUCUGUGGUCGCCAUGUCUUCGACUCCUACGAGGUGCUGCUGGCCAUCGAGGGCCGCGUGUGCGCCUGCGCGGUCACCGGCGUGCCGGAGGAGCGCUUCCACGUUGGUGCCGAGGACCCGGCCUCGGACGAGGCCGUUUUAGGCCUGGCUGCCUUGUCCGCCUUGGACUUGGUGGUCCAUUGCCGCGCGCGCGCGGUGGCCGCCCGACGCCUGGAGUCUGCAGAUACUGCUCAAGCACUGUCACAUAGUGUUUCUGUGAAACAGCAUUACGCAAUGAGAGCCUUGUGGAUCACCUUCUGCGCUUGCUUGAUGCACUCAGAUGCAUUUCGCGAGAGUGUCGUCGGCAAUGCGACCGGCUUGGGCGAUGGAGCAGAUUGCACCUGUGGGAAGAAGCCCCUGAAGGACAACAAAUGCUGCGACCCAGGUUUGAUUUGCAGUAAGAGUGCUGGCAAGUGCAAGCCCGCAUUGAAGGGAGAAUGUGACCGCAAGUGGAUCGGGACCAACUGCGCCGUCAGCACUUACGGACGGUACAAUGGCAUUUCAUGCAGAACGUACUAUGCAGCUACAGAUGGCCAGAAGCACUGCUGUGUCCAUGGCCUACCAAUGAUGAUUGAGUAUGACAAAGCUUACCAAUACGCACCAGUGGGUGGUGACAAGACCACCUGUUGCAGUGGAGAGGUUAAGUGGUCUUCCUGGGCUGUGGACCUGAAAGGGAAGCACGAUGGAUACUACUGCAAAGGAGGCCUGGAGUCUGCAGAUACUGCUCAAGCACUGUCACAUAGUGUUUCUGUGAAACGGCAUUACACAAUGAGAGCCUUGUGGAUCACCUUCUGCGCUUGCUUGAUGCACUCAGAUGCAAUUCGCGAGAGUGUCGUCGGCAAUGCGACCGGCUUGGGCGAUGGAGCAGAUUGCACCUGUGGGAAGAUGCCCUUGAAGGACAACAAAUGCUGCGACCCAGGUUUGAUUUGCAGUAAGAGUGCUGGCAAGUGCAAGCCCGCAUUGAAGGGCGAAUAUGCAAUUCGCGAGAGUGUCGUCGGCAAUGCGACCGGCUUGGGCGAUGGAGCAGAUUGCACCUGUGGGAAGAAGCCCUUGAAGGACAACAAAUGCUGCGACCCAGGUUUGAUUUGCAGUAAGAGUGCUGGCAAGUGCAAGCCCGCAUUGAAGGGCGAAUGUGACCGCAAGUGGAUCGGGACCAACUGCGCCGUCAGCACUUAUGGACGGUACAAUGGCAUUUCAUGCAGAACGUACUAUGCAGCUACAGAUGGCCAGAAGCACUGCUGUGUCCAUGGCCUACCAAUGAUGAUUGAGUAUGACAAAGCUUACCAAUACGCACCAGUGGGUGGUGACAAGACCACCUGUUGCAGUGGAGAGGUUAAGUGGUCUUCCUGGGCUGUGGACCUGAAAGGGAAGCACGAUGGAUACUACUGCAAAGGAGGUUUGUGCGACCGGAGACCGGAGACCGGACGCACCGUGCGCCCGUGCCGUGCCGCAGCCGUGGUCGGCGUGAAAGGUGGCCUUGAGGAUAUCACCCACCGAGUGCCCUUCGACGAGGUCGGCAAGAAGGCGAGCUUUGAGGAGUACAACAAGUACUUCCGAAGCAAAAGCCGUGCCGGCGUCGCCCGGCUCGACGAGUCGUUGGCGCUGUAUGUGAUGCCCGCUGGGGAGGACAUCCCAGCCCUCCGGGAGUCACUCUACACCUUAGGGCCUCACAUCCCGCGCGUGGGAUGCCUCAUAGGCCUCAUCGGCCCGGGCACGCCCGCGGUGAACGCCGCGAAGCCGGUGAAGCAGGACUACAGCAUUUGUUUCUUGCCCAACGACCACUCAGUGCUGCCCCGGACGCAGCUCAGCGCCGCCGACCGGGCACUGGCCAGGAGCAACCAAGCUGACGAGGUCUUCCUGGGCCUUCGUGUGGCCGCCCUGCGCUGUGCCUUCGAAAGUGUGGGCGUCAUGGUGGCCGCCAAUCCUCCGCCCUCCUUCGCCCGCCGAGAGCUGCAGAAGAUCCUUCAGCGCGAGGGGCCGAUGGCGUUCCAUGCCUUCUUGGAUGAUUGGGGCAUCCGCUUGAGGCCAUCCGAGCUGAUCGAGAUCAGUUGGUUUCUACGCUCUGUGCACGAGGAGUGCCGUGGUGAUGUCCCGCUUCGUGGGGGUGAGAUCUGGCAUAUCUUCCUGGCACCAGUGCCGGAUGCUGCCGAGGCCACCUGGGCGCAGGGCUUCUGGGCGUCGCCCACGCGGCUGCUGCAGCUCUACGAGCGCCAGGAGUUGGAUCUCACCUGGGCCGAGUGGUAUUUGCUCCACGAACUCCGCUCCGAACUGCCUCAGUUCCACGGGCUUCCGGAACUGUCGCUCGGGGCUUCCAAGAAGAGUUGCCUUUGGUCUGCACGAGCCUUGCCCCUAGCCCCGCUACCCAACGCCCUGCUGCUGCCGGGGGACGAGGAGCACCCCGACUGCCCUGGACGUCCUGGAGAACGGCACCGUUUACACCUGAAGGAGAACUCACAGCUGCUUGGAAGUCCGGGUCUCUUUUCUCUUUCGAAAAAGGCGACCAAAAGAAGAAAAGAGGAGAUUUCGGCAAUUAUGGGCCAUGCGAGCAUCAUGCGAGCCAAGGGCGUAGGCUUAGGCUAA